GCCACAAUCUCCUCUCUGAGCUCUGUCUCGCUGCUUCUACUGCCUUCUGCAUCUCUGUCGCCGGCCGUCAUCUCGUUCGUCGCCGGAUUUCGUUUCGAUUUCCUCCUCCGCUCGCCGGCUGCUCAGAACUCAUCGUCUGUCCUGCUUCUUCAUCCCUGUCGCUGCGCCGUUAUCUCCUUCUCGCCGGCCGUCAUCUCUUUCGUCGCCGGCUGCUCAGACACGCCUUUCGUCGCUGUCACCGGAACUCGCAAUUUUCAGAUCGCAACGGAAUUAGCUCCAAGAUCCGCGCUCUGCGCCGGAGGAACAGCGAAAAAUAGGGAAAAAAAUCAAAUCUUUCUGCAGUUACGGAUAUCGGGUAUGGUGGUAGAAGACGAAGAUCAGGCGAAAGCCCACGGCGGCGGAGCCACGGCAGUGCAACGGCGGCCAUGGCGAUUCAACUCGCCGCUUGCCCAGGUGAGUCUCAUGGGUCUGGUCUGCUUCUGCUGUCCGGGCAUGUUCAACGCGCUCUCCGGCAUGGGAGGCGGCGGACAGGUGGACCCCACCGCCGCCAACAACGCCAACACCGCCGUAUACGCCGCCUUCUCCAUCGCCGGAAUCCUCGGCGGCGGGAUCUACAACGUCCUGGGCCCACGCCUCACCCUCGCCGCCGGCUGUUCCACCUACGUACUCUACGCUGGAUCCUUCCUCUACUACAACCACCACCACCACCAGGCCUUCGCCAUCGUCGCCGGAGCCCUCCUCGGAUGCGGCGCCGGACUUCUCUGGGCCGGCGAAGGCGCCGUCAUGACCUCGUAUCCUCCGCCGCGUCGCAAGGGCACUUACAUCUCCCUGUUCUGGAGCAUCUUCAACCUCGGCGGAGUCAUCGGAGGCUUGAUCCCCUUUGUCCUAAACUAUCACCGGAGCUCUGCCGCCUCCGUCAACGACGGGACUUACGUUGCGUUCAUGUGCUUUAUGUCCGCCGGAGUUUUGCUCUCCCUGGGGAUUCUCCCACCGAAUCGUGUGGUCCGGGAAGAUGGGUCGCGGUGCUCCGCCGUAACAUACUCAAAACCCUCGACGGAGGCGGCCGCAGUCCUCCGCCUCUUCCUUGACCGGAAAAUGUUACUCAUCGUCCCGGCGGCGUGGGCGAGUAACUUCUUCUACAGUUACCAGUUCAACAACGUGAAUGGCCUUCUGUUCAAUCUCAGGACAAGAGGGUUCAACAACGUUUUCUACUGGGGAGCCCAGAUGGUGGGGUCUGUCUUCAUAGGCUAUGUUAUGGACUUCAGUUUCAAGAGCCGGAGAAUGAGAGGGUUCGUCGGGAUAGCCAUCGUUGCGGUCCUCGGAACCGCCAUCUGGGCGGGAGGGCUAGCGAACCAGCGAACGUACUCGUCCGAGGACCCACCGAAGGAGAAACUGGAUUUCAAAGAUUCUGGUUCGGAAUUCGUCGGACCCUUCAUGCUGUACGUGAGCUAUGGAUUGUUGGAUGCAAUGUUUCAGAGCAUGGUCUACUGGGUGAUCGGUGCAUUGGCCGAUGAUUCCGAGAUUCUCAGCAGGUACAGUGGAUUCUACAAAGGAGUGCAGAGUGCGGGAGCUGCGGUGGCGUGGCAAGUAGACACGCACAAGGUGCCGUUGAUGAGUCAACUCGUCGUAAACUGGUCACUCACCACUCUGAGUUAUCCUCUGUUGGCUCUUCUGGUGUUCUUGUCUGUCAAGGACGAAGAUGAUGACGACGAGAAACAAGACAAAAGCUCGAGCAUCGACCCUUCUAAUGCCGCCGCUGCCAUAGCUUAACCAUCUAUGUAAUAAGGGGCUGCCUCCAUCUCUUACAAAGAUCGUGUCUUUGUGUUUGAAAAAAAUAAUACAUAAAUUCAAAUUUUUUCCACAAAAGAAU